AUGAGUGAAAGAGGUGCUGAUACUACCGAUAAUGACCGACAAACGCGGAUUGAAGGAGCUGAAAUCAAUAAGAGUCUUUUGGCUCUGAAGGAGUGCAUUCGUGCACUUGAUAAUGAUCAGCUUCAUAUCCCAUUUCGUGGGAGCAAACUGACCGAAGUUCUUCGCGAUUCAUUUGUUGGAAACUCAAGGACUGUUAUGAUAUCUUGCAUUUCACCAAAUGCUGGUUCUUGUGAACACACUCUCAAUACCUUGAGAUAUGCUGAUAGAGUUAAAAGCCUUUCAAAAGGUUCGAAAAAAGAUCAAGCUGGAAGCUCACAAACAACUACCAAAGACUCUUCAUCAGCAAACACACUAAGCCUCUCUGACAAUGAAGACACAAAAAUAGUAUUUACAGAUACAGGUAAUAGAAGAGGUGCACAGCCACAACGAGACAGCAUCUCUUCAGAUUUCGAUAAACAACAACCUCUUCCUCCAUCAUCCUCAAAUUACACCCGCGAUGACACCUGGCAGCAGGCUUCUGGUUUCGAAAAGGAAAGAAACGUGUAUUUGACUUCAAACGAUACAGAAGAAACACCAGUCCAAAAAGUGUCGCCACCUCGAAGAAAAAGUGGUGUUAAUUGGCAGAAGAAGGAUAGUAGUGAUGUUUUCUCAAGUGUGGGUAGUAAACAACCCAGUUAUACGAUGACAUCAUCAAAACAAACCGAAGUUGAACAGCCUCAUGACGAGAAUAUCAAUGAAAUACUUGAGGAAGAAGAAGCUUUAAUUGCAGCGCACAGGAAAGAGAUUGAAGAUACAAUGGAAAUAGUCCGUGAAGAAAUGAAACUGCUGGCAGAAGUUGAUAAACCAGGAAGCCUUAUCGACAACUACGUGACUCACAUCGCCUCAAGGAGCAGGAGAUUCUCAGCCGUAAGCGGCUACCUCGCUAAUACCCACACCCCACUCCACUUUCCCUUGAAUCGAACGAGAGUGGAUUGUGAUGUGAGUGUGGAGAUUUGAAAUGAUUGCAUUUCUUUUGGUUUUGGUUUUGGUUGGUUAAGUUUUGAUUUGAAUGAAAUGGUGUUUUUGUGAACAAGUGGAAAAACAAAAGAAAGAGAAAAACACAAGGUAUUGCUUGCCGCUUGCUGCUGGUUUGGUUUUUACUUUUUAUAUAUGUAAUGCUGAAUUACACCUUCCUACACCAUGAAACUUUAUUAUAAUAUUAUUUCAUAUUAUGUAUAGGGCUAAAUGCAAGAAAUAGCAAUGUACUUUUCAUGUUCAUUUUUUUUUUUCUGUUUUUAUGCAAUGUACU